AUGAAUCAAGUGGCAGUACUUCAUUCUGCUGGACCUGCGAUAAAGGAGAUUAUCGGAUCCAAACCUCCCAUCCUAGACCAUGAAAGUAAUGGAGACGAGAAAAUCGCAGUUGGCGCUCCACCUGUAGAUUUAAUCACUCCGGACCAUUCCUCUGCUGAAGAACAUAUCAUUCGAACAGGUCUAGACGCAUCGAGAUACCUGUUAUCAAUUCGUGAUGAUGGUGAUCCCGCUAUCACUUUCCGAAGUCUCGUUUUGGGAACCGUGAUGGCUGCUUUCCAAGCUUCUAUGACUCAAAUCUAUCUUUUCAAGCCUACCAACGUCACCAUAAGUGGCUCGUUCAUAGUCUUAAUCCUGUUCUUCAUCGGCAGAGGAUGGGCUGCCAUCUUUCCGAAAGGUGACAAGCUCGAAAGAGAAUGGAGGGAAAAGGGUAAUGAAGGCGCAUUACCUUUGAAGAUCAAGCUGUUCAAGUUCAUCAACCCUUCUGCAUUUAAACUUAAAAAACAUGCCAUCGCAGCUAUCACUGCUUCGGCCGCUUCUAAUGGUGCUGCUGCCAUCUCUGUAUUCACAGUACAAGACUUGUUCUACGAUCUACCACUGACGCCUGGUGUUGUCAUUCUCAGUACAUUGAGUAUCGGUGUAUUCGGUUAUGGUUUAACAGGUAUUCUACGACCUAUCACAGUAUGGCAUGUAGAAGCUGUGUAUUGGACGAAUAUUCCGACCGUCAAAUCGUUACAGGCACUACACUGGGAUCAUGUACAAGAUUCUAAACCGUUACGAGUAUUCUCGUACUCUUUCACUGGAAUGUUCAUUUAUGAGUUUUUCCCAGCGUACAUCUUUCCUUGGCUAAACUCAGUCUCGAUCCCUUGUUUGGCCUCUAUGCAUGCUACCGGCGCAAAAGCUGCUGCUUUGACCAAUGUCUUUGGUGGAUCUCUCAGCAACGAAGGUCUUGGUAUCCUCAACGUCAGUCUUGAUUGGCAAUAUAUUACAUCGGCUGCUACUUCGAUGCCUCUGAUCCUUCAAGCAAAUUACGCGAUUGGUAUCGUAGUAUGCUGGAUCGCUUUCCUCGCUGUAUAUUAUGGGAAUGCCUGGGGCGGAAGAAGUCUACCUUUCUUAUCGACUUCUUUACGUACACUUGAAGGCGGUAAAUACGUCUCUACAAAAGUAUUCGUGAACGGAGUUUUGGAUGAGGCAAAACUAGCCGAAUAUGGUUUACCUAAAAUCACUUCUACCUAUGUCUGGGCAAUGAUCGCUGGUAAUAUGGCUAUCGGUGGGGUCAUCAUGCACUGCAUCAUAUUCUGGGGUAAAGAUAUAGUGAAAGCUGUGAAACAUGGUCGAAGGGGUGUAUCCGACGACAGAUAUCAUAACGCUAUGAGGAGAUAUAAGGAAGCUCCUUGGUAUUGGUAUCUUGCUAUUUUGAUCUUCGCAUUUGUUCUCGGUCUUAUUGUCGUCCUCAAAGAGCACAUCACUUUAUCGGUCGGUUCAUAUAUUACCGCUUUAGUAAUUGGGUCAAUCAUUGCUCCGUUUAGUACGAUUCUUUACUCAAGAUUCGGUAAUGGUAUCGCCACUAACCAGCUCAUGAAAAUGAGUUUAAAUUUGGCCUGCGAUCUAAAAAUGGGAGAAUACUUAAAGGUCCCGCCUCGAGCGAUGUGGCUCACUCAAGUCUACGGAACGGUUCUUGGCGCUUUCAUCAAUUACGUAGUAAUGAUUUCGGUCGUUGACUCUCAUAGGGAUCUCUUGACAACCUCAGAUUCAGGCUCUGCUGCUUGGUCUCCUGCAUACUUCAAUUCAAUGAACACGGCGGCUAUCACUUGGGCUUUGGCGAAGCAGCUUUACGGUCGACAAGGAGAGUACUUUAUCGUUCCUGUCAGUCUUGCUAUUGGUGCAGGUGCAGUGGUAGUACAUCGCAUUUUUGUGAGAUUCGUACCGAAGCUAGGCAAGAUAUCAACGUCCGACUUGAAUUUACCAACGUUCUUCGCCUAUGCAGGAUAUUUAGGAUUCAAUCAAACUCAAUCAUGCGUAAUCUUAAGUAUAUUAGGAGCGGGUUUUUUCACUCAAUUUUAUCUGAGAAAUUAUAAACCUAAAUUCUUCAGAGAUUAUUCAUAUUUGAUAACAGCUGCUUUUGAUGGUGGUUCUUUAUUUGUUUUGUUCAUCUUGUCUUUCGCUGUGUUUGGUGCGGGUGGCCCUUCGAAACCGUUCCCUACGUGGUGGGGUAAUAACGCAGAUGGAAAUACGGAUCUUUGUCCUAUCUCUGAAUGA